AUGUACAAGCUGGUGGUGUUGUCUGCCUUGAUCGCCUUAUCGGCUGGAAGCCCCAUCGCUCCUCUAUGGGGAGCUCCUUGGGGUGCCGUAAUUGCUCCUGCACCACUCGCAGCUGCACCUGUGGCUAUUGCUGCAGGAAUCGGAGCACCAAACUAUAGAGGACCACUAUCUCUUGCACCCGGACAACCUGCUAGCAUCUUGGCCGCUGACGGAAGACCACUGGAUACCUUGGAUGUUAAUGUGGACAAGGCUGUGCACUACACCGCCAAGGCACUUAAUGGACUCAAUGGUCACCUAUUAAAGAAGAGGUCAAUCGUCGCUGCUCCAUUAGUGGCAGCUCCCGUGGCCGUGUCUAGCGUUGCAAGCCUUCGCAUACCGGCUGCUGGUAUUAUUGCCCCCGCACCGAUCGCUGUAGCCGCAGCAGCCCCUUGGGGAUGGCGUCACUGGUGA